GGCUGCGCAGUUUCGUGAGGGAAGCCCAAGAGUGCGUUAACGGAGCGGAACUAUGAUUACCUUGUGGCUGACGGUGGCACUGUGCGUGCUUGUCCACUGGCUCUACCAGGUCAACAAAGACUACUACAUUCUGGCCUGCUUCUCGCGUCGCGUGUACACCAGAGAUGGACGGCCGGUGGAGAGCAUCGUGCCCUCGCCCAAGGGCCGAACGAUCUUUGCAAACAUCUUCGAUCUGUACGGCAAAGACAACGCUGGCUUUUUCAACGUUACGCGCGACUUGUCCAAGACUCUGGGCAAGAGUUAUCUCAGAUAUGUCAUUGGCAUGCCCAGUUACAACGUCAUCGAUGCGGAAACUGCCGAGAUGAUACUGACCGACCAGAAAUCGACGAUAGCCAAAGGUUUGGUCUACAAUUUUCUGCAUCCAGCGCUGAAGACGGGUCUGCUCACAUCGACAGGAGACAAAUGGCACGCGCGGCGCAGAAUGCUGACACCAACAUUCCAUUUCAAUAUACUGGGACAGUUCCAAGAGAUCUUCAGAGCGGAAAGUCUGAAGUUUGUGCAGCAGUUUUCCACUCAAGACGAGAACAUCGUCUCCCUGAGCGAACUCAUACCCCGAUUUACUCUCAACUGCAUUUGUGAGACUGCAAUGGGCGUGAAGCUGGAUGAGAUGGCCGAGAAGGGCGACCGCUACAGGGAGAGCUUUCGCAUGAUCGAUCAGAGCUUCGUCAGGCGCCUGAGCAAUCCCUUCUUUAGGAGCAACACCAUUUACAAUCUGUUUGCGGCCAAGGACUAUGAUCCGUUCCUGAAAGUGGCCCACGACUUCUCCAGCGAGAUCAUUGCCAAGCGGCGGAUACUGCUCGAGGAGGAGCUGGACUACAGAAGAUCCACUCAGACGGCAGAUGAUGAUAUUUUUAUCAGCAGACACAAACGAUUUGCUAUGCUCGAUACCCUGAUAUGUGCGGAGAAGGAUGGAAUGAUCGAUCAUGCUGGCAUUUGCGAGGAGGUGGACACUCUGAUGUUCGAGGGCUACGACGUGAGCUCCAUAAGUCUCAUCUUUACCCUGAUGAACCUGUCACUGUAUCCGGACAAGCAGGAGCUCUGCUUCAAGGAAAUUGAACAACACAUUGAGGAUGACUUUAGCAAUCUGGACAUCAAUCAGAUGAGCAAGCUGAAGUACCUUGAAUACUUUAUUAAGGAAUCAAUGCGGCUGUAUCCUCCCUUUCCGCUGAUAGCCCGUCAAACAGUGCAGGAGACAGAGCUGGCCAAUGGACUCAUCCUGCCCAGGAGCACCCAGAUCUACAUACACACCUUCGACAUCCAUCGCAAUCCCAGGCACUGGGAUGCCCCAAAUGAGUUUCGCCCAGAGCGUUUCCUGCCUGAGAACAGCCAGAACCGUCCCAUCUGUGCCUACAUUCCGUUCAGUGCUGGGCAACGGAAUUGCAUUGCUCAAAAGUUUGCCAUGCAAGAGAUGAAAACACUGAUGACUGUUAUUCUUAAGAAAUUCCGGAUACUGCCGCUGGUCGAUCCCAAGACGAUUGUCUUUCACAUGGGAAUUACACUGCGCAUCAAGAACAAUAUUCGAGUGAAGCUUGUCAGACGAAAGUAGUUUUGUCGCCAAUAAAAACUGUUACUAAAA